AUGUCGCAGUUGCGCCGCCUUUCAAUAGACAGAAUCAGUGCUCUACCAGAUUCACUUCUUCAUCGCAUUCUUUCCUUUCUAACGAUCAAAGAAGCUGCUGCAACAAGCAUCCUCUCAAAGACAUGGAACCAUCUAUGGCUCAGACAACUCAUCGUUAAUUUCAACGACGAACCCUUGCCAAACAACUCAGUCAUUGCCGAUUAUCGAGAUAACAAUCUAUCCAUCCUCCAAUUCCACCUCAAAUCUCGCAACUUCUCCAUCGCCAACACCUUCCACCUUUUUGAUAUUCUAAAUUGCAAAACCCUCGUUGUUCUUAACUUGAACAACAUUGUUUUCGAUGAAGAUAUUCCAUACGUUGAUCUUCCCUCGCUCAUACUCAUUCGCUUGGAAUCUGUCACUUUCACAUAUUAUAGUUAUAUGAUCAAAAUUCUAUCAUGUCCCAUUCUCCAGUAG